CUCUGGCGCGUCAGGGUACACCCCCUCCGAGCUCAGACAAAACCCCUCACGUUUCCAAGAAAACUGUGAUGGACACGUAUUGCUCUGAGGCGGAGGGACGAGGGGCGCCCGCGAGGGAAUCCACGACUUCCGUCUUCUCCAUUUCGGGCAGAGAUAACCAUGGUUUCGAAGGAGACUCCGACGACCUCAAGCAGCCAUCUCCUGCAGGUCGCGACGACUUUAACAUCGGCGAGACUGACCGUGAGACCGCAUCGCGCAGCCUGAGCGGAGCGGGAGAAGGACCCCAGCAUCCUUCAGGAGACAAAUGGCAGGACAGCACAACGUCAAAAAGAGCUCCUUUCGACGACGAGGACCAGCCCAAAAUUACACGCCAAAUGGUCGCGGCGGUGGUGAUGUCCCUGACGCAGCUGGCCAUCGGCACCAUCUACGGCUACCCUGGCGUGACGAUGCCGGAACUCACCGAUCCGAACACGACAGACCUGUUCCUCGACGAAACACAAGCGGCGAACUACGGGAGCAUGGCUGACUUGGGUGGCUUCUUCGGCUCGGCUAUUGGCACCGUUUUGCUCCUGAAGUUUGGCCAGAGAGUGUCGCUGCUCCUCGGCCUACCAGUCACCGCCGGGGCCUGGUGCCUCCUCGUGUUUUCACAGACUCCAACGUUGAUUCAGUCCAUGAGGUUCGUGGUUGGGCUAACCGGGAGCUUCAUGUUACCUGCCGGGACGAUGUACAUGCUAGAGAUCUCUCACAGGAAGCUCCGUGGCCUUCUCUUUGGCAUCGUGACGACCAGCAGACAGGCCGGUACGCUCUUAGUGUACGCUGUCGGUUGUUUAAACCUGGGUUGGCGCUACACGGGGCUUGUGUGUGCCGGUGUGUCUCUCGUCCCCGUCAUUGGCCUCUUCUUCCUGCCUAAUUCACCGCGUUGGUUGGUCACACAUGGCCGCGUCGACGAGGCUGAGAGGGCCCUUACGUUCUUCAGGGGGAAGUUGUAUGACUGGAAGCACGAAAUGAACGCCAUCACAGAGCAGGUGGGACAGAAUGCCCAGGAAAAUAACGGAUUCAGGGCUCAGUUCAGGAUCAUGAGGGAACCGUCUACAAUGCGAACUAUUGCCGUUCUCAUCUUCAUAUCACUUCUUUGCAAUUUCAGUGGAUAUACCGUACUGGUUGCCUACACCGUGCCAAUCUUACAAUCGGCCAACGUAAAUCUCGAUGCUUAUGUUAGUGCCGUGAUGAUCGGCGCUGGCAGGGUAGCUGGCACGCUCGUCCACCUGGCAGUUGUGGACAAAAUGGGUCGAAAGCCUUUACUGAUCUCUGCCUAUACUCUAUGUGGACUUAGCAUCGCAGUCCUGGGAGGAUACCUCUAUGUCCGAGACAAUUUCGGAUACGAGUACGUGGAGCACAUAGGAUGGAUCCCUCUCGCUUCCUUAGUCGUCUACGUCUUCUUCACCGGCGUUGGCCAGCCCGUCGUUUUCAUCCUUCAGGGAGAGCUGCUUCCCACCACCUUGCGAGCCGCUGGCGUGUCCAUCAUCAUGAUUCUCGUUUUCUUGGGGAGCUUCGCCGCCAUCCGCACGUUUUCACUGAUGUCGGCGGUGAUGGGCGAGUCCGGAGUCUUCUGGUUCUAUGGUGGAAUUUGCUUGACCAUCGCUACGGUUGGCUGCCUCGCCUUGCCCGAGACCAGCGGACGCUCCCUCGAGGAAAUCACAGGCAAGCAACACCAGGGAAUGCGGAAGGCUACUGGAAAUAGUCUCAAACUGGGAACCACCAAUGCUAAAGUGUGAAUACGACGUAGGCGCUGUGCAGUGAUCUAUGAAAAGCAAAACUGAGUGCGUGGAAGAAACAUCGCAUACAAAAUACGCUCUCAUUAUUUGGCUUGUGUAUAGCGCUCUUUCUGACACAAACCGUGUGAGUGGAGAGAACAACGAAAAAUCAGGACAUGAAAUAAAUUUUACAUGCAAAUCUUUGCAAAAUAUUAGCCCAAGUGCAAUUUGUGAAAAAUGAAUACAGC